AUGCAGACUGCUUCUACAAACAUUUGUGAAAGAAUGGGUCGCUGUCAGGAGCUCAGUGAAUUCAAGCGUGGUACCGUGAUAGGUUGCCACCUGUGCAAUAAGUCCAUCUGUGAAAUUUUCUUGCUACUAAAUAUUCCACAGUCAACUGUUAGUGGUAUUAUAACAAAAUGGAAGCAACUGGGAACAACAGCAACUCGGCCACGAAGUGACCGGGGUCAGUGCAUUCUGAAGCACACAGUGCGCAGAAGUUGCCAACUGUCUGCAGAGUCAAUAACUAAAGACUCCCAAACUAUGUUUGGCCUUCAGAUUAACACAAAAACAGUGCAGAGAGAGCUUCAUGGAAUGGAUUUCCAUGGC